AUGGCAGUAUUCAGCACUUAUGUAUAUGAAGUGGAAUAUGGCAGUGACUUUGGUUCUUAUACUAGAGUAAGAGCACAUUUAUUGAAGAUUUCAGGAAAAGGAAUUAGAUUUUGUGCAAAAGUUACAUCAACAAAGCUUGAAGAACUUAAGAAACUUGAUAGUGAAAGUACAUUGUUGCAUGAAAGUAAAAAGGCUAAGUCAAUUCCUCUUCCACUCUUAUCUAAUGCAAGUGAAAUUGAUUCAAGAAAAAGAAGAGCUACUGGACCUUUAGAGAAAGCUUUUAAUGUGAAUGCAAGGGAGACUCUAGAUUUACAUAUUGCUAGAAUGUUUUUUUCAUCUGGAUUACCUUUUCAUCUAGCAAAAAAUUCGUAUUUUGUCAAAGCUUUUUCUUAUGCUGCCAAUAAUUAUAUUGAUGGUUAUAUUCCUCCUGGAUAUAAUAAAUUGAGGACAACUUUGCUUGAGAAAGAGAAGCAACAUGUGGAGAGAAUGUUAGAACCUACUAAGAAUUCAUGGAGUGGAAAGGGAGUGAGCAUUGUAAGUGAUGGAUGGAGUGAUCCCCAAAGGAGGCCUCUUCUUAAUUUUAUGGCUGUAACUGAAAGUGGGCCUAUAUUUUUGAAAGCUGUAGAUUGUUCAGAUGAGAUCAAAGACAAGGAUUAUGUUGCAAAGCAAAUAAGAGAUGUCAUAAGAGAAGUCGGUCUCUCAAAUGUAGUGCAGAUUGUGACUAAUAAUGCUCCGUUGCUUAAUGUUGCUCCUACUCGAUUUGCUUCUACUAUUGUGAUGCUCAAAAGAUUUAGGUUGUUAAAGCAAGGCCUCAAAGAGAUGGUUAUAAGUGAGAAGUGGUCUUCAUACAAGGAAGAUAAUAUUGGCAGAGCUGAGGUUGUUACAGAAAAGAUUUUGAGUGAAAAUUGGUGGCAAAAAAUUGAUUAUAUUCUUGCUUUCACAAAUCCUAUUUAUGAUGUUUUAAGAAGUACAGACACAGAUGCACCUACUCUUCAUUUGGUCCAUGAUAUGUGGGAUUCAAUGAUCAAGAAAGUAAAAAGUGCUAUAUAUCUCUAUGAAAGAAAAGAUGAACAAGAGUCAUUGUCCUUCUACGAUGUUGUGCACUCAAUAUUAGUUCAAAGAUGGACAAAAAGUAGCACACCUCUUCAUUGUUUAGCACAUUCAUUGAAUCCAAGGUAUUUUCCUAAUGAAGAAGAGAGGAGAAAGGUAAACAUUGAACUUGCAAGCUUUUCUGAUGGUAGAGGUGUCUUUGAUGAUUAUGACUCUUUGAAUGAUAGAGGCAUAGUUGAUGCAAAGUCUUGGUGGCUAAUUCAUGGUAGUAAAGCAAAAUUUCUUCAACCAAUUGCUCUUAGCCUACUAGAGCAACCAUCUUCAUCUUCUUAUUGUGAAAGGAAUUGGAGCACAUAUUCUUUUAUCCAUUCCCUGAAAAGAAAUAAGUUGAAGCCUAAACGUGCAGAAAAUUUAGUAUUUGUCCACACUAAUCUUCGUCUUUUUUCAAGAAAAACUCCACAACAUAAUAAAGGAGAAACUAUGAUGUGGGAUAUUGCUGGAGAUGCUUUUUCACCAAUUGAUGAAGAAAAUGGUGUUUUUGAAGUUGCUCACCUUUCUCUUGAUGAACCGGAGUUGGAAAGAGUGACUUUUUCUAAUGAUGAAGAUAUCAACCAUAUAUGA